CUCCUCCGGCACAGUCUGGCGCCCUCCGCUCUCUUCACCGCGCAGCUUUACCAAUCCUCCUCCUCAAACUCAAAGCGUCCGGACCCAGAAAACCGGCCACAUUCCUGAGGACAACUUUCUAUAUCGCUCAUGAACUUUACAUUCCUGCAGACCAGAAGAAACAUUUGGGGAACACCUGGACGCUCUCUACUUCCUGGUUAUAUAACUUUUUGUUGCACUUGAACGAAUCCUUUACAUUCCAAAGACUUUGGCACCGGACGGACAUCGAUUUUUUCCCCCAUUUCUCGUAAAACCACCGAUCAAAGUCAUUUUUUCUUAUUAUAAUAUCAUUCCUAAUAGACUAAAUAAGCAGGAGGCAGCAGCCUACGUUUUUCUUUUUUGCACAACCCAAAAGCAGUCUUAACUGUGUGUGUGUGUGGUUUUCUUUUCUACGUGUAGUCUUAAAUUAAGUAACAAAACAGUCAACGAUGGCAGGUGUGAACUCUCUGGAUGCUGUGAAGAGGAAGAUUCAGUGUUUGCAGCAGCAGGCCGACGAGGCAGAGGACCGGGCUCAGGUCCUACAGAGAGAGCUGGACAGUGAACGGGAGUGCCGAGAGAAAGCAGAGGGUGAUGUAGCAGCUCUGAACCGUAGGAUCCAGCUGGUGGAAGAGGAGUUGGACCGAGCCCAGGAGAGGCUGGCCACGGCACUGCAGAAACUGGAAGAGGCCGAGAAGGCUGCAGAUGAGAGCGAGAGAGGGAUGAAGGUGAUCGAGAACCGAGCGAUGAAGGACGAGGAGAAGAUGGAGAUUCAGGAGAUGCAGCUGAAGGAGGCCAAACACAUCGCAGAGGAGGCCGACCGUAAAUAUGAGGAGGUGGCUCGUAAGCUGGUGAUCCUGGAAGGGGAGCUGGAGAGAGCUGAGGAGAGGGCUGAGCUCUCAGAAUGUAAAGCCAGUGACCUUGAGGAGGAGCUGAAAAAUGUGACCAACAACCUGAAGUCCUUAGAAGCCCAGUCUGAGAAGUACUCAGAAAAAGAAGACAAGUACGAGGAGGAGAUCAAAGUUCUGACUGACAAACUGAAGGAGGCUGAAACCCGUGCAGAGUUUGCAGAGAGAACAGUGGCCAAACUGGAAAAGUCCAUCGAUGACCUGGAAGAGAAACUAUCACAUGCCAAAGAGGAGAAUCUGGGCAUGCACCAAGUCCUGGACCAGACCCUGCAGGAACUGAACAGCUUAUAAACACACAGAGAGGAAACUGGAGAGGAUGAGAUCGUCAUAUAACAUUCCAUUAAAUGUUCGACUCCAUUCCACAUUUCGAGCUGUAAAAUCUUUAUUCCCCCAUGUAAAAGGGGGAUUAACUUAAUGCUUGUCCCUUGAAGUUUUUUUUUUCUGAGGCACAACUUUGUUUCUUUUUUUUUAUAUAUGGGGAGUCAUUUUGAACUGAGUCAUUUUUUUUUUUUUUUUUUUUUUUUUUAAUCUUCAGCUGUGAUUGCAGAAAUUCUCUCCAGGAAUAGAUUCUUUUGACCACUCAUUUAGAAAGACCUGGCAAUUAAAAUGCCCAAAAGAAACCACAGAUUUCAUCACUCAACCACUUAAACUGUCUCAAUUUUAUAUUUUAUGUGCACAUACAUUAAGCCUCUGUCUGAUUAUAUUAAUACAUAGGCUACAGAUGGCAUUGGGUUUCUCUCGGUCUACAUCAGUGUGGCUCUGAAGUGCCACCCAGUGGUGAUAUGAAGUUAGUCAGCAGUUGUUUUUCUGAUCAUGCUGUUAACACCUGAAGAGGCUACAACUACUACAACCGACAUUUGGCUCAUCUGCCUCAGCAGUGUCCUCUUACAUGUGUUUAAACAGCAAGAAGUUCAAAUGGACAGGUGGUCUAAUGGAAAGGUUUCAUUCAUUAAAAAAAGUCGAGGCACAUGCUGCUCAGUCACAGAGGGCUUCUUUACAUUUAAUCACUAAGCAAUGCCUCCUCUGCUAGGUAAUCCUGAAGCCUACAUGUUGAAGAUGCACAGAAUAUUUACAGAGCAUUCUUCUUCUUUACUCUUUUUAGUUCAGGAGACUGUGCAGAAACUGAGAGCUGUGCAUAUACAGUAUCUAGGCCAUCUGACCUGCCGUACCUUCCCUGAAGCAGGACCUGACAACCUCUGCAUCAUUGCCAACAAUACACCAUAAUGUAGCCAAUAUUUACUAGAUUUACAAUAUCAUGUAUUACAUGAGUGAGCUAAACCCCAAACCACUGGAAGCUCAAUUAAGUUCUGUCAACCAUGGAUACUUAUUGUAUAUAGUAGAAUAAUGUUAGGUAUGUGAGAAGUUGUAUUGUUUUGAUUUUUUUUGUUUUUGUUUUUGGGGUUUGAUUCAUUUACACCACUUCUUUUUGCCAGGGGAACUAUCAAGACCAAAGAACACACAUACAGACAGACAAUAAAUUCUUCAAAUGCUUUAUUUUUGUUUGUGAUGGUCAUCAUGGUUUCAUCUCGUGCCAGGGCCAUGAAAAGCGGCCUCACAUUUGAUCGAAGCUGUUUUGAAAUAUUUCAUUCACCACCCCCCCUCUAUGUCAAUCUAAUAAAUGUUUUACAGAAA